UUGAUGGGAAACUAAAUGCAAGUUGGUUAGUGUGUUAUUUUUUUUUUUGUGGUUAGUAUUGGGAAAACCUUUACUGCGUGGAAUCAUUUAUCCGAACCAAAGGGUCGAAGCAACAUUCUCGAAAUUUACUUUGAUUAUGGAAACAACCUACAAGUACCCGUGCUGUGACGGUGAUGAGCAAUACGACGGCAGUGUUCAGUGCGAAUGAAUCUAUUGCGGAGGAAGUCUGGUUCUGUACGACGUUCAUUGGAGAGGAUAGCUCAGCCCGUCAGUCAUUGACGCACCAGGAAGGACAAAAAUUCACCCGGUAGUGAUCGAACAUCAGCCGGCUGAAGGUGGUACUAAUAAAAAGAAAAGUUAUCUUCAAGACACGUACCGUGACGUGAAGAUUUUUACGACCUACAGACGGGCUCGAUAAUCUGCAAUGUGCAUCGACUCAGAUUUAGAUCAAUUAACGCGUAUAAAACAUUGCUCUCCACGACCAUGAAGCUCAAACUUGACCCAGGGGCCUACGGGAAAGCAGUAUUUCCUAAAACAAUUCGGGAGGUAUUACGAAUUAAAAGAUGGUGACUACACGCGAGUUCACCCGCCAAGAAGUGGCCCUUCGGGACGGCAAAAACGGCAAUCCGACGUGGCUUAUCAUCCGUGAAAUGGUGUACGAUGUAACGGAGUAUUUAAAUGAGCACCCAGGCGGAGGAGAAUUGAUCACUGAAUUCGCCGGGAAAGAUGGCACACGCGACUUCGACGAUUUUGGGCAUUCUGGUGGGGCGAUGGAUCUUCUCAAGCAGUACAAAAUUGGCGAGCUAAACAGGUGCGAACAAGCUAAAUUCCAGAAGAAGGGUUCCGAGUGGACUCCGGACGGAGCAUGCGUUCUACCACCGAAAAAGCGAAGCAAGCGACGAAUGUUUAUUUUUUGUGGUUAGGUUUUUCAAAGGUUUCUUCAAGUCAUUAUUGUAUCCCCUAGACUGUGAGUCAUAAUGUUUCUGAGUUUAUAAAAGAUAUACUGUAAAUUAUCAUUAUUCCUAAGAAAUUAAAACAUAUUUAUUAAGUUGUUGGGGAGCUUAGUGUAGAACCAAAGUGAAAUUAGUAGUGCUUCGAGGCUCCCCCAAAAAAAAAUGUAUGCAAUGUUGAAUAUAAAAAAAUAGACAAAAAUUAGAGAUAUAAUAAUCAGAAAAAGAUGCUCUUAUUAUAAGCCAUUUAAAAUUUGUUAAAUUUGUCGAUGGCAUGAAAUCCUACCACUACAAAUUGUAAUACAAAUAUUGAUAGGUUAACAUUACAUCUACAAUAAAAAAAAUAAAUUUUUGACAUCUUCAAAUAAAAACUCAGGGCCCAGAAAUAUAUAUCAUACAAAAC